AUGACUCUAAAGGAUAUUUACUCUCUCCUUGCAGCUGUUGGAGAUCUAAAACAUCUUAUACUCAAAGCACAACUUACACGGUGCUACAAGUUCGGAGGGUUCUGUCACUAUAAUAUUUGUCCUGGUAAUAGCAGGUUUAUGAGUAACUGUCACCCAGAGAAUCUCCGCUGUUGCAAGAACAUAAAACAAUUUUAA